AUGGAUGAGGAGGACGCAGAAGAGCACGACGCAAGCACGCCGUUCCCUGCAGCUGCCGGCACGGGCACAGACGAGGAAACCGCUGAGCAGCCGUCAGAUCUUGUCAAUCUGCAGGUUGCAACAAGUGAAGUCCCGCACUGGCUGCAGAUGUCGAGCGAGGGACUUGUCUCUCAAUGGGCGCCGUUUUCUUCAUAUGCAGCUUCUGACACGAAUUUAAUUAUUAGGCCACCUCCCAUGCCUGAAGAAGGGUGCGUGGCCCUCGUUGCACCCGAAGCCACCCCAGAAGGGUUUCGGGUUCUCUCCGUGAAACAUCAGGAGUCUCUCAGUCGUGGUGCAAUUUCUCAUGGCAAAUGCUUUUACUUUGAUGCAGCGGCUUUUCCUUCCUAUGAGUUCGCCCUGCACCCAUGUUUUGUCGAGCAGUGGCGUGGAGGUUCGCUUGUUUGGAGUGGAGCGGUCAGCCUGAGUUUGGGGACGUUAGGAGGGGUCGAUUUGCCACCACUGACUCUCCCGGCAUUUGGGCGAAAAGAGCCUCGAAGCUUGUCCCAACUCGGAGAUUUCGAAGUUGAUGACAUUAUUUUCGUGCUUGGCUUUCACAAGGACUUUGCGGUCUCUGUUGGCCGCCACAUGGGCUUUUCAGAAAACCUCCUCGGAUACCAGAGCUACUGCAUGGGAAAGAGAGCUUCGCCACGACAGGAUCUAGAUACCUUCCGAAAAAGUGCAAAGUACAUUGACGAGUUAGGGGACUUGGGGAAGCACAUGCAAAUCAAUGUUGAAGUUGAUGAGAAGGAACUUGUUGCGAUCCGUGGGACGACUGAGUCGAGGGCCAGCAUGGGUGCAAUGCUUGAACCUUCUGCCCAUGUUGAAGACACCACAAGCGUGGCAGAGCUGGCCAGAGAGAACAGCUUGGUGAUGGCAGGUGUAGAGGUAGCAGAAGAAGGAACUAUUCCCCACAAUGUGCGUUCCAGCACUGACAGUGAUGCGUGGAAUGCAAGGCGCCAAGCGAUGCUGAACGCCAGACCAAGGCAUGCGCCUGAUCGCGAAGCAACGCUUUGA